AUGGAUAAUGUCAGGCCAUCAUUAGGAAUGAUAUUUAAUAACUUAGAUGAAGGAGCAGAAUUUUACAAACGGUAUGCACAUAAUAUUGGUUUUAGCGUUAGGUCUUUGACGGGGGUGAAAGAUAAGAAGACUGGUUUUGUUAUAUGGAAAUAUUUUUUGUGUUCUAAAGAAGGUUAUAAUCAACCUACAAAUCAAUCUAUGAAUGGGGGUAAAUCUAAAAGGUUGAAAGAAACAAGAGAAGGGUGUGGUGCCAAAAUCAAAAUCAAGCGAACGAAAGAGGGUAAAUAUGAGAUUAAGGAGUUUGUUGAGCACCAUACCCAUGCACUUGCAACUCCUACAAAGAGACACCUUUUGAGAUCGACAAGAAAGGUUAAUUCUAUGCAUAAGGCUGUUUUAUUCACAUGUAGUCGAGCCAAUAUAGGACCUGCCAAAGCAUAUCAGUUGAUUAAACAUCAAGUUGGAGGAUAUGAUAAAGUUGGAUGUACGCAAAAAGACCUUCAAAAUUAUCAAACAGGACUUAAAAUUAUGAUCAGUGAUUAUGAUGCACAGAUGUUUAAAGAGAAUUUUGAAAGAAAAAAAGAACUUGAUCCUUCUUAUUAUUUUGCAUAUGAGGUAGAUGAUGAACAUCGGUUAAAGUAUUUUUUCUGGGCUGAUGGCAUUGGGAGAAAAAAUUAUGCCACUUUCGGUGAUAUUGUCUCUUUUGAUACGACAUAUGGAACAAAUAAAUACUCAAUGAUAUUUGCUCCAUUUACCGGAAGAAAUCAUCAUCGACAAUGCAUUACAUUUGGUGCUGCAUUUUUGUGUGAUGAGAAAACUGAAUCCUUUACUUGGUUGUUUGAGAAGUUCUUAGAAGCAAUGGGUGAGACUCCAGAGGAAUUUGAGCAUAGUUGGACACAAGUUGUUAAUGAGUUUGAGCUCACAAAAAACGAGUGGUUCUCUUCUAUGUACGAGAUACGACACUCAUGGAUACCUGCAUACUUCAAAGACUUGUUCUUGGCUGGUUUAUUUAGAACAACUUCUAUUUCUAAAAGUGAAAAUUCAGUAUUUGGUAGUCUUACAGAUAAGUGGCUCAAUUUGGUUGAAUUUUGGGUUCGAUAUGAAAGUAUUAUUGACAGGCAGAGGCAUAACCAAAAAAAAUCUGAUCAUGACACAUCACAUUCACUUCCUAUAUUGAAGACAAAUCAUAGUAUAGAAAAGCAUGCAAGAGAUAUUUAUACUCAUGCAAAUUUUUAUGUCUUUCAAAAGGAGACCAAAGAGGAAAAUGGAAGUAUAAUAUUUGAAGUCAUGACAGUAAUCCUUGGAAACCAAAGCAAAGAAUUGUAUCUUAUAAUACUUUGGACAAUGUGGCUCAUUGCUCAUGGCAGAGGAAUUGAUGCAAUACCAUCAUAUUAUAUUGUUCACAGAUGGACUAAAAGUGCAACUUGCUCACUUAUAUUUGAUAUGGAUACUGUUGUAGAUGAAGGUUGUUCUCAAAUUCAACUUGCUAAUAUAGAAAUAUCUGAGUUAUGGAAAGAUUUUCAUGGUUGUGCAGAAUUGGUCGGUUAUGAUAUUGAUAAAAUUCGUGUUUUAAGGAAUGGGAUCAUAGAUUUUAAAAAAUCUUUGCUCGAGAGUACCAAUGUUUGUGUAGAUAACAAGACAAAUGAUUUGGAAGCAUAUGUGGAGUCUACCAUUCCAGUGAAAAUUGAUAUUCAUCCACCAAAGCAUUCAAUAACUAAAGGAAGUGGCAAGAGAAUUCCAAGUGGGAAAGAGAAGGCUAUUGAAGAUAAGCAAAAGCGACAGAGACUAUGUAAAUCAUGUGGAAAAUAUGCACAACAUGAUAGUCGCAAUUGCCCUAUGAAAGAGGCUUGA